CGCUCCAUCUCUCUCCUAGACAUUCUCAACAAGGAAGAAACACACAGACAGACAGGGAUAAAAAAACGUCCUCGUUUAACUCUGCAACAAGAGCUCAAUAAGGUCUGUAUAGUUGAUAAUUUCAUGUUGCUUUGCUUUGAUCUGAUUUGAUCUCCUUAUUGUUGGUGUUUCUGGAAGGCUAGGGCUUGGGAGGUAAAAGAGAGACUUGAUUGGGAGACAAGAGGAUUACUAUGUUCUAUGAAAGAUGAAGGGUGAAAGCAGUUAUGUGCCGCCGCGGUAUAUUCCGUUGGACCAAUCGGAUUUGGAAACGGAGAGUGUUCCACGAAAUGAAGAGCGUUCUGGAGCUGCUAGUGUUGUAGGUGAUGGACCGGCGCAAUGGUCGUCUGGGAUCUGUGCUUGUUGCGAUGAUAUGCAGAGCUGUUGUAUUGGUCUUUUUUGUCCUUGCUAUUUGUUUGGUAAGAAUGCAGAAUUUUUGGGUUCUGGGACUUUGAUAGGAUCGUGCGCAACCCAUUUUAUUUUGUGGGCUCUUGUCAACACCGUCUGCUGCUGUAUGACUGAUGGCAUUUUGUUGGGGUUACCUGGAUGCUUUGUUGCAUGCUAUGCUUGUGGUUACCGCAGGGUGCUUAGGGAAAAGUAUAAUUUGCAGGAAGCGCCAUGUGGUGACUUAGUGACACACUUUUUCUGCCAUCUGUGUGCUAAUUGCCAAGAAUACAGGGAGAUCCGUGAAAGGUCCGGUGACUCCAAUUCCCCUGAUCUUAAACUGGCGGUGGUCACAGCUCCACCAGUCCAGAUAAUGGAAUCAGGUAAUACAGAGUAAUGCUUCUACCAUAACACUCCUGGCAAGACCACCACAUAUUGUUUCACACUUGACCUCGCACCAUCCUAUGCCAGAUUAAGCAGUCGACAUGCAUUGCUUUUUAAAGCAUGUCUUCUUAAGUUUGUAUCGGUGAGACUAAUGGAGAUCUUUUAUAUAAUCAUUGUAAACUACUUGUCUUUUUA